AUGGACGCCUACCCCGAAGACUACGUGGUCCAUAACCUUCCUUUUCUUCUCCUUUCCGGCCUGGAAGCCGACACGCAGGACGAUAAUGAAUCGAGCGCCUCGGAUUACCCUCUCCUCCAAGAGAAGGGACCAACAAUAUACUCGGACUUCCCCCCACUAAGCGGACCGACUGCGGACGAGUUACGGAGUAACUUACUGGAGGAAGACGUGUCGCGGGUGCCAUGGGAUGCAGGUCAACCUACUGGUGCGAGGUCUUCUGGGAUCGGAUAUAGAAUCAAGAGCGUUGGAAGGUCUUACAGGCUCCCUCCACGUAAAGCUGACCCCCCGCCGUUGUCUCCUCCGACUAGUCCAACAGGAGGGCAGCAGAAUGAUGCAGCUCCGGCGCCAUCUUUCGUCCUGCAUUCACCUAUAUCUCCCUUGACUCCAAGCUCUCCUACCUUUCCGGAUGGGCUGCUGACCCCUCUGUGGGUGUCGAAGCACCAGAACCUUGUCCCUGCGGCGGUCAUCAACUUUUUCCCAUUUUGCUUGGAUUCCAAUAUGAGCUCUCUCCGCGAUAAUCAAUUGAAGAUCGAGAUCAACGGACUGAAACAGGAGUGGACCGCAUCUGGCUACAAUACUCGCUUCAUCGUCGUCCUUCUUCCCGAAGAAGGCGCUGGGGACUACAUUGAGGAGAUGGAGGAACGAGUCGCAAGCAUCCGAAGAGCCACUAAUUUGGACCAGAAAUCAAUUAUUUUGCUCCCACCUGAUGCAAACGCAGCCGAGUUGAAGGAGCUUACCAGGGGAUUGCUGUCCUUGAUCCAACCGUUGGUGACGGAAUAUUACCGUGAUCUCUCCAAACAUGCUCGACGGAAACGCAACCGAAGCACCAUUCCACCUCCCACGGCACCACCGACUAGCGGAACUUCUCAGACUCUGUCACUUCAAGGAUGGAAUGUACGCUAUGAGUUCAAGCUCGGUAUCUUUGCCGAGUUUCGCCAGGAGAUCGAUGCCGCCUUGAGGAACUACGAAAGCGCAUAUGAAACUUUGUUUGGUCAGGACGUCAUUGAGAAUAUUGCCGGCUGGAGUCCGAGGUUCAACGAUGCUCGUCUGUUGUCUGAUGCUUUGGCUAUCCGAAUUAUUCGUUGUUUACUGUGGACUGGGCAAACUAGUGCUGCUGUCCGAUCAUGGAUCGACCACCGGACCCGAUCCCAAGAUAUCCUUAAUCGCCGCGGUAAAGGAACCAGGAACUACGGGUGGGAAGCCUGGGAGGCCAGAUGGUCGAUGGUAAUGGCGCAGCUUAUCCGACAGGCGGGAAUUCCUGGAAUCUCUGAUGAUCGUUCGGAUAAAGAUGGAGCCGCAGAACAAUCUAUCAUUUUUGUUCACCGUCGAAAAUCAGCUUCUGCUAAUGAAGUGACAUACCCCUGGGAGCAGCUUCACCAUGAGGGCUAUUGGCUCUAUCGAUCUGCAAAACAUGCGAUGGCUCGGCGCACUCUAGCUGAGCAGAUCCCAGACGAGGAUAGAAUCUCACCCGGCCAAUCUCCCGCUUCCCAGAUUGCCAAUAAGUCAUACAUGUAUGACACUUACCUUGCCCCAGGACCUCAUAUUGAAGCCUCAGGAGCGGGUUCAACUGGCUUCAAUCAUUCGCAGCAAAUCCUAAAUGCUUUGAAGGGGGCACUCGAGCAAUUCGCGAAGCGCAAGCAGACUAGAAAGAUAGAAAGUCUUAGCCUAGAGAUAGCGGAGGAGUAUAUGCGCGUCAAUUCAUGGGCUGAGGCAUAUGAGAUGCUUCGUCCGCUGUGGCCGUCUCUCACUUGGCGACAUUCUGGCUGGUGGCUGCUUAUGGCAAAAUUCGGAUGGGCUCUGAGAGAAUGCGCUUUACGGAUGCAGGAUAGCGAGAUGGCUCUACGAGUGGACUGGGAGCUAAUGCACAGGGUUUUCCAACCACGGCCUGGAUGGCAUUAUAGUAUCCACCGCGGCCUUGCAGAGUUCCCGGAUACGCAGCCCAAGGCGUCUGUUGUUUUGAAGGCAGAGGAUGUUAUUUCAUGUGUCACGGCCACAUUUGUUUUCGAGAAAUCCGAAGGAAACGUCGGCGAGCCCUUGAAAGGCCAGCUGAUUCUCACAUCCUGCGCCCAGAGGUCGUCAGACCCUAUUCGACUAUCCGAAGUGAAGAUUGUUUUCGAGGGCUGCCUCCGUCCAUUGAAAAUCCAAGCUGAUCAAGAUGUCAACGCUGACGCCAAGACCCCAUGCAUAAUAUCGUCUUUGACGCUGCGCGAACCUACCUCGGCUGACUCGACCUCCCUCAAUUCCCCAACCAUCGGUCUGACAGCAUUGGUUGGACUCGGCGAUUUGACUCUGGGACCUUCGCAGACCAAGGUGUUCAACGUGACAUCUAUCCCGCGGGAAGCAGGAGAGUCCCGAGUUGCCUCGAUCACUUUGCUGAUUGACGAAGAAAAAUUCGAUCUAGCUUGUGCCAUUACUGAGUUGGCCCGACAGGAAGCUUAUUGGUGGCAGGAGACCACGCACGGUGCAGUUCGAAGACGGGUAGGCAAGGGCCGCGAUACUAGUCGAUGCAAGAUCAUGCCUAAGCCACCCAAAAUUCGAAUCAAGACCUCAGGCAUCAAAAGUACAUAUUACACUAAUGAGCGGGUUAUCCUCCAAAUGGACGUACACAACGAAGAAGACGAGGCUGCGGACGUGACAGCAGAGAUUAGACUCUUCGGUCAGUCGAAGCUGGGAGGGCAGAUACUCUGGCUCGAGGAUGAGGAUGAGACCGAAUCACAUCGCUCUCGGGAUAGUUCUCCAAUCGAGGGCGCACAUCACUUUUUAAGACGAUCAAUCGGAAUCAUGGAGAGAUCGUCCAGACGGGACUUGGCACUUGUGCUAACAGACACUCUGGAACCAUCUACAUACGAGCUCGAGAUCAACUGCGUAUAUAACCUUGUGUCUGACAUCCAGACUCCUAUUAUAGCGACACACAGAGUGACCGUGUCAGUCGUUCGGCCAUUCGAGGCGAACUAUGAAUUCCUUCCACGCCUUCACCCCGAACCCUGGCCGGAUUUUUUUACUAUGGACGAGGAUUCACUUGAAGAUGAUGCGGUUGCAAAGCCUCGGGGCCUGCACCAAAGAUGGUGUCUGAAUUCCAAAGUUGUCUCGUUCGCCUUGGAGCCGCUUAUCAUCGAGAAGAUCUCGGUGGUUUUAUUGAAUCUUGGAAGCGGCGCAAUUUGCAAUAUCGGACCAGAAAUGGUCGUCAGUGCAGACGAGCCUGAAAUACGCCCUGAGGAGCUUCGGGAGUCCAACUUCACAUUGGAUCUUCAGAAAUUGGUUCUGGGAGACCGACGACCUACGGCUUUGAACCUUGCGCUAGAGAUUCAAUGGCGCCGAAGCAUGGAGGACACUGCAUCGCCUGCGGACCAUACUUCUGCCACAACCACAACGACUCUCCCUAUUCCGCGAUUCAUCGUCCCCACUGGGGAGCCUCGCAUUCUCGCCUCAGCAGUGGCUUCCCAGACGCUAAACGGUGUGAUCCAUUUGGAUUACACACUGGAGAACCCCUCGACGCACUUUCUUACCUUCAAUCUUGCAAUGGAAGCUAGCGAAAAUUUUGCUUUCAGUGGGCCAAAGACAAUGGUGGUUCAACUUGUGCCAUUGAGCAGGCACACGGUGCGAUACAAUCUCUUGGCGUCCAAACGAGGGCUAUGGAUUCAGCCCCAGCUGAUUGUGGUGGAUACAUACUUCAACAAAACCCUGCGGGUUCAACCGACUGAGGAGAUGCGAUCCGACAAGAAGGGAAUCCUGGUCUGGGUUGAUGCCGAUGACUAG